UCCCGUGGCUGAUGCAAGAAAUGGUGGACAUUCUCAUGGGGGAAGCCCUGUGCCACUAAAGAAAACACAUUCCUGCAGUUGUGCAUCAUCUCCUGCAUUGAAUAUGAUCACAAGAGAAGGAUCAGACCAAUCAGGGUGCUUUAUUUACCUACCAGCUACUCGCACAGUACUGAAAAGAGAUAGUGCAACUUCUUUGGCCACAGCACAGGAAAUGACAAGUUCACUUGAAAAAUCCAGAAUACCAAGUAUAGUUACCUGGGGAUUAAGGACCAUGGCCUGUAGACUUGCCCUUCUCUUCAAGCCAAAUCAGGCAUUGAGAGCCCCCAAUAGCAGUGUGCCUCCUCAGGAAAUGGACUCUUCACAUGAAUGGUUGGCCUCAACCUCACCUCCCCGGGCACAGCUGUUUUCAAGAGCUGCAAACUAUAGUGUGGAGAGGGAGUAUUCUCGCCCACUGGGUUGGAUUGGUCGCACAGCCGAGGGCAAGUUUAUACUGCGGGACAGUGGGGAAGAAGGCUUUGGGCCCCAUCUCCGUAAUCUUCAUAUUCCGUCCACCCAGGCUGGAGCCAGGACCAGUGGCCUCCACAUCAUUCGACAGUCAUCUUCUUCCCCAGGACAACAUACUUCCCCCAAGACUAUUAGUCCUGUCUCCCAGCCUAUACCUACAAUCUAUUCACCUCAUGAAACCCACUUCCAAAUUUGUAACACUGCAAAUAUUGGCGAAGAACAUAGCUCAACCAAUUUACACUCUUCGAACGAGCAUUCCUUCCCUAGCACAUUAUCUAGUCAUUCUAUUAGCAGUGCUCAGCACACAUCUUCAUAUGAACUUCCUUCUUUACAAACAUUACACAAGUCCCACCAACAGGGUUCAGUGCAAUGCUGUCAUCCCACUGGCAAAGUUCGAACUUUAGUACAUGCACGAUCGAUGUCGCAGGAUAACUAUUAUGGGGCACAACCUGGAAGAAGAUCAGAAUAUCAUAUUCGUAGAGAAGGAAAAGAUUCAGUCGAAUAUAAGCAUUUGUUUUCAAAUGAAGUUAUUCCUAAACAUCCAUCGAGUCCUUAUGAACGUAAAUCUACCUUUUUAUCACAGCACCCUGGCAUUCACCAACAGACUCUGCAAGCAAAUAACAGAAUUUCAAAGAAUCUUACCCAACAGCCACCUCUUGCUACAAGCAGUCCAUCACGACAGAAUAGACAGUCCGAACAUAUGCCCUGUGUUCAUAGAGAUAAAUUUCCAGUAUCCAGGGAGAAAGAGAAUACUGAUAGAAGUGGAGAAAAAUCAAUGACAUAUACUCGUAAUCAUUUACUGGGAGCAGUGGAACGAGCUCGUAACAUUGCCCUGAAUCGUGGUGGACCCCUUCGACGUAGUGCUCCAGAGCUUGGUUACACAUCUCAAAAAUUAGUUCGUGUCACAUCCCCUUAUCCAAGUAAUCAUAAAGAUCCUUAUUUAAUUUCAUCUUCAGCCAUCCACCAAUCUUCAAAUCCUGAUAAAGCUCUCAGUGAGGAUAUACUCAGUGGACUAGAGAGGGAAAUUACCAUUGCAUCCCGCAGUCGUAGUAGUAUCACUAGUGGCAGUUCUGGAAGGGGCAGCAGUGCCCAGGGCAGUAAAGCUGCUUCUGUCACACAGUCUUGUGGAGAUAGUCUUCAAGGAGAAUUGGACUUUGCUGUUGUCAACCCAGCAAUCAUUAGCACUAAUAGUUAUGUUUCCAGAAGCCAUUUGCAUCCGGAAUCUGUUCUUUCAUCAAGGCAUAGUCCUGGUAGUGGUGUCAUACCCAUCAUUGAAACAUUUCACCGAAUUCCUUAUCUCACAGGGGAUUCCUCUCAUUCUGAACCUAGUUAUCCUUCCCCUGGACCAUUAGAUAUCUCUGUAGACGAGAACUAUGAAUUUGAUUCUGUCAGUCACAUGGAUUCUGAGUUGUUGGAUAGAUUGCAACAGUAUUCAAAUUUUCCAGCUCGAUCAAGACCUAAAUUUGGCAGCAACAACAGCAGUGGAGGCAGUGGUGAACGAGGCCUUAGUGAUAGCGAACUGUACCCCAGCUUGUACCCAAGACCCAAGAAGCCCAGUAAAUAUGAUAAUACAGAAGCCAGGUGUGCUGCCCUGAAAGAAGAAUUUUUAAGAUUUAGGCAGAGACAGCAAGAAAGAAGGAAAUCGGAAGAAUUGGAGAGUGAGUGUUGAGACGAAACAUAACAAGUUCAUUCAUUUGAAACUUAGCUUUUAAAUUCUUAAUGAAGUGUCCAUUAAAUGACAUGCUUUCACUGCCUAGUCCUCAUCGGACAUGGCACACAAACUGCAAAAGGGGUGUAUUUCCUCGGGGCAUUUCUGUGACAAUCUUGUCUGCAACAAAUUAAGAGAAAGCUAUAAGGAUUUCUUCUUAAACUCUCAGAAUUGAGAAACUCACUGAUUGCAAAUUUGUGUUCAAUAACUCCAGGUCUUUGGGUGGUAGAUGCAGUCCAUUAAGCUGCAGGUUGACCAACACACUAUUGUACUCCAUAUCAACUUGUACUACAUCUGAGUUUUACAUAAUGCAUCAUUUUCUCAACAACAUUCAAUUCUUAUAGGACCUUGUAAAAAAAUUUAAAAAUACAGAGAUGAGUACUGCUUUAGAACCACCAUCUAUAAAAUGUCUUCAUGCAGCAGUAAAGUUGAAAUUGAGCACGUUUAUGCCAUUAUAUUGUUGGAAGGCAAUGCAUCUUGAAGUGUUUCAUUGCUAUUGUUUCUUCAGCUCUCUCCAACAAUUAUUUCAUUGUCAGCAGCUUCAUUUCAUUUUCAUUCAUUUCUUUAAAAUUUGAGGUGAAUGACUAGACACUCACAUCUCUGCUGUGCAUCAGACUGUAACCAUCAGCAUGUCUCUUUCUCAGUACGUGUGUGUCACUGCCUUAAUUUGUGCCAAAAGCACCAUGUGGUUGCUUGGUUCAAGUUGUUGGUGCUGGCCUUACAGGGAAUUAGCACUUGAUGUCAUUAGAAGCUGGUGGACAUCAUUGUGAUACAAUAGUGGCUUACCUAAGAAAGUACAGAUGACUUUCAGAGGUGGCUUUAUGCGACAGAAAAAAACUGGAAGAGCAAUAAUGGAUGCAUUGCUCAACGAAAAUUUUAACACAGAAGGAAAAUGAAUGUACAGAAACGUUUGCGUGUGCCAUGUUCCUAAGGCAACGGUUCUCGACAUCGUGAGGAACGGACGUAACAUAGAGAUAUAUCGUGAACUUUAAAGAAUGAUAAUUAUGCUGAAAAUGUUUAUCUAGAGCUACAAAAAAAGUGUACGUGAGAAACGAUAUUAGUGGGUGAAUCAAAAAUGUUGCUUGAAAGUUUUUUUGUUAGUUCAUUAACACUGAAAGAUGUUUUAGAUAAAUUGAAUAUAUUAAAA